CAAAGCUGGGAUCGAGAGCUGUUUGCAGUCUCUAUUGCAAGGCCAGACUGUUAAAUAGCACAUUAGAGGCUGCUGCCCUAUAUACAUAGACUUGCAAUCACUGGCCACUUUAAUAAUGGAACACUAGUCACUUUAAUAAUGUUUACAUAUUUUGCAUUACUCAUCUCAUAUGUAUAUUCUAUUCUACUGUAUCUUAGUCUAUGCCGCUCUGACAUAUUUUAAUUCCUUUACUUUAGAUUGUGUGUAUUGUUAGAUAUUACUGCACUGUUGGCGCUAGAAACACAAUCAUUUCACUACACCCGCAAUAGCAUCUGCUGAACAAGGACAGUUGAAGUCAGAAGUUUACGGAAAAUCAUUAAAGACUCCAGCCACCCAAGCCAUACACCGUUCUCUCUGCUUCCACACAGCAAACGGUGCAUGAAGUCAUCUACUAAGAUACAGUUGAAGUCGGAAGUUUACAUAUACUUAGGUUAGUCAUUUAAACUAGUUUUUCAACCACUCCACAAAUUUCUUGUUAUCAAACUAUAGUUUUGGCAAGUCAGUUAGGACAUCUACUUGUUUACAGACAGAUUAUUUCACUUAUAAUUCACUGUCACUAUUCCAGUGGGUCAGAAGUUUAUAUACACUAAGUUGACUGUGCCUUUAAACAGCUUGGAAAAUUCCAGAAAAUGUCAUGGCUUUAGAAGCUUCUGAUAGGCUAAUUGACAUCUUUUGAGUCAAUUGGAGGUGUACUUGUGGAUGUAUUUCAAGGGCUACCUUCAAACUCAGUACCUCUUUGCUUGAUAUCAUGGUAAAAUCAAAAGAAAUCAGCCAAGACCUCAAAAACAAUUGUAGACCUCCACAAGUCUGGUUCAUCCUUGGGAAUAAUUUCCAAACGCCUGAAGGUACCACGUUCAUCUGUACAAACAAUAGUACGCAAGUAUAAACACCAUGGGACCACGCAGCCGUCAUACUGCUCAGGAAGGAGAUGCGUUCUGUCUCCUAGAGAUGAACGUACUUUGGUGCGAAAAGUGCAAAUCAAUCCCAGAACAACAGCAAAGGACUUUGUGAAGAUGCUGGAGGAAACGGGAACAAAAGUAUAGCUUUCCACAGUGAAGCGAGUCCUAUAUCAACAUAACCUGAAAGGCCGCUCAGCAAGGAAGAAGCCACUGCUCCAAAACCGCCAUAAAGCCAGACUAUGGUUUGUAACUGCACAGGAGGGACUGGUGCACUUCACAAAAUCGAUAGCAUCAUGAGAAAAGAAAUGUAUGUGGAUAUAUUGAGCAACAUUUCAAGACGUCAGUCAGGAAGUUAAAGCUUGGUCGCAAAUGGGUCUUCCAAAUGGACAAUGACCCCAAGCAUAAUUCCAAAGUUGUGUCAAAAUGGCUUAAGGCCAACAGAGUCAAGGUUUUGGAGUGGCCAUCACAAAGCCCUGAUCUCAAUCCCAUAGAAAAUUUGUGGGCAGAACUGAAAAACAGUGUGCGAGCAAGGAGGCCUACAAACCUGACUCAGUUACAGCAGCUCUGUCAGGAGGAAUGGGCCAAAAUUCACCCUACUUAUUGUGGGAAGCUUGUGGAAGGCUAUCUGAAAUGUUUGACCAAAGUUAAACAAUUUAAGUGCAAUGGUAGCAAAUACUAAUUGAGUGUAUGUAAGGUUCUGACCCACUGGGAAUGUGAUGAAAUAAAUAAAUGCUGAAAUAAAUAAUUAUUUCUGCUAUUAUUCUUACAUUUCACAUUCUUAAAAUAAAGUGGUGAUCCUAACUGACCUAAGACAGGGAAUUUUUACUUGGAUUAAAUGUCAGGAAUUGUGAAACACUGAGUUUAAAUGUAUUUGGCUAAGGUGUAUGUACAUUUGACUUCAACUGUAUGUAUAUGUUAGGUAAGGCUGCAGUCAGUUAGUUGUAAUUUCGGAUAGAGCAAACAUUUCCAUAUAUUUUUGUUAACUACACGUGACAACUCCGCCUUUCCUAUUCAUAAUAUAAUUUAAUCCAAUGUUUGAGUUUAACCUUAAUAUUUGUUACUUGUUCUGUCUUUUCUCGGGAUGAAACUGGAAUUGCAACCAGCUUUGUAUGGGUUGUUUUUAGAAAGGGCGAUAUUUUGAAAAUGGUUCCAUUAUCAAUUGACUGAAAGUGAGGUUGUAAUAUGGAUUUCCUUUAUUUCCCUUAUAAAGGCAAUUUUUUGAACAAUGGGUUGUCCCGCAUCAAGUACAAAGAGGAGGCCGGAAGCUCUUAUUCAAAUACGCUGAAGCUGCCAAAAAAAGAUUGACUCGAGAAACGCCACACCAGACAGCCGGAAGGUUGUGAAAUGGAAUGCGGAGGACACCGUGAACUGGCUACGGAGAGACCUCUCAGCCAGUAAAGAAGACUACAUGGAUCGUCUGGAGCACUUGCGGAAACAGUGUGGUCCCCAUGUAACGGCAGUAGCCAAAGACUCUGUGGAGGGAAUUUGUUCAAAGAUCUACCACAUCUCAGUAGAGUACGUGCGACGUAUUCGCCAGGCUCACCAGACCUUGCUGAAGGACUGCAACAUCACGGUGCUGACUGAUCCGGGUCUUAAGGCUUCGACGGGUUUUCCCUAUGUAAGACAGACCGCGGGGACAUUUCAACAUGUAAACAACAUUGGUGGACAUGCAGGGAGGAGAUGUACUACAAGGCAGUUCACGGCACGGUGGUCAUCUUCCUGCAGAAUGACGCCGGCUUCACCAAGUGGGAGCAUUGGGCUCCCCAGUUCCCUCCUCCACCUCCUCUGUGCCCACUAUGCCCUCCCCAGCCAGUGCGGGGGUGUCGGGCAACAAAGACUCUACUGCCGCCAAGACGGCACCUGAGUGAUCAGCCAGUUUGGACACAUCACCCGCUAGCCAGGAAAACAGCAGUAGUUCUUGUAGUCCUCUGGAAAAUACUACACCACCUUCCGAGGCAGCCAGCCUUUAAAAGCCGGGGAGGGGACAUGGAAUCCAUGGAACAUCAUGAUAAAACACAGACAGGUCCAUCGCAGGGGCAGACGCUCACAGAUGACCGUGAGUUACACGGAUCCUGCUAUAUCCAUGGACCUCCUCCGAACGGUUCUACAGCCCAGCUUCAAUGAGGACAUUAUGGGAGUCUUCAGAAAAUACAUGAAGUUCUUUGAGAAAGCAGCCAGCAAUGUCAAGGAGAACGUUGGAGACGACGUGCAGACCGACCAGCUGAUCCGAGAAGCCUGCAGAAACUGCCUGGAAAAUGCCAAACAGAUCUUUUCAGAUGGGGAGAAAGCGGUGGCAAGACCAGGGCCUGAGCUUCCAUUCAAGCGGGUGAAACUAGAUGAUGAGUCCAGCCAAAGGGCCAGUCCUGUUCCAAAAAAGCGGAAAGGGCGCCCAACCGCUCCUGUCGGUUCUUACGACAAACCUGUUACAUAUAGCAAUGUGCCCAAGCCCAAGACAUUGGAGUCUGUAAAGCGUGAGGGACCAAAGUGGGAACCUUCCAGACUGAAUGAAGGAAGCACAUUUGUUCUUGGGUCCAGGGCAAACAAGGCUUUAGGAAUGGGUGGCACCAGAGGAAGGAUUUACAUCAAACAUGCUGAACUCUUCAAGUAUGCGGCUGAUGCUCAGGACAAACACUGGUUGGCAGAGAGACAGCAUAUGAGAGCCACAGGUGGAAAGAUGGCCUAUCUCCUUAUUGAAGAGGACGUCCAGGACCUUUCUCUGAGUGACGAUUACAAAGAUUGCCCCGACCUAAAAAUGAACCCAAUUGAAUUAAAGCCUUUUACGGUUCCUGGGUGGAUGAUUGAAAAGAUGCAGAAGGCCAUGGAGGUCCAGAGUUCGGGGAAGGAAUAAAGUUGUACUUUGUGUGCGGGGAAGGAAUAAAAUCCUGGUUUGCGUCCCUAUGGCACCUUAUUCCCCAUAUAGAGCCCUACUUUUGACCCGAGCAAUAUACUGUAGGCCAUGGUCAAAAGUAGUGCACGACAUAGGGAAUAGGGUGCCAUUUGGGAUGCAAACCUAGAAAACCACAGAACAAAAAGAAUUCCUGUCAUAUCAAAUCACGAGAGACUGGACAAGUGUGCCAAUGUAUUUUCUGCCUGUGUGGCUUUGGAUGCAGUGUCAUUGUAUACAACUACUGAACAGUGUUCUUUGAUGAAAAAAUGUGCCCCUUUUUUCUAUUUGUAUCCUUACUGUACUGUAACGUUAAAAGGGGCUCUAUGGCAGGCUAUGGCCCCUUGGUAAUAGAACGGUUCUUGGGGGGGAGGGUGUAUUCCCCCCACAUAAUGAAUAUACAAGGAGUUUCCAUUGUUCUUGUACAGUGAUUUUGUUUUCCCAUUUACUAGACUGUAUUCUCAAUUUUAUAUUUUAAAAUGUUUCUACAAUGUCAGUUGCUUUUGUUUGUCAUUUGCUGUAAUUUUAUUUUUUACUACAAACUUUCAAGAGCAGAAUGUAUUUAAUUUUGUCUUUUCGGAUUAGCUGACUAUGAUUUAAAAGGAUAUGGGUGCUUGAUGAUCACUUUGUUAGUCAUUUCUAUGCAAAAUACAUGUUUUAAUGACUAUAGCUAUAUUUUGUUUAGUGUUUUGGUCAUGACAUCGUACUUCAUGGCAUAGACCUUGAACUUAAACCAUGUCCUUUUUUUCUAUCAAAAACGUGAAUCAACCAUCACUUAAUAUACAGUUGAAGUUGGAAGUUUACAUACACCUUAGCCAAAUGCAUUUAAACUCAAUUUUUCACAAUUCCUGACAUUGAAUCCUAGUAAAAAUUCCCUGUUUUAGGUCAGUUAGGAUCACCACUUUAUUUUAAGAAUGUGAAAUGUCAGAAUAAUAGAUAAUUAUUUAUUUCAGCUUUUAUUUCUUUCAUCACAUUCCCAGUGGGUCAGAAGUUUACAUACACUCAAUUAGUAUUUGUUAGCAUUGCCUUUAAAUUGUUUAACUUGGGUCAAACGUUUCAGGUAGCCUUCCACAAGCUUCCCACAAUAAGUUGGGUGAAUUUUGGCGCAUUCCUCCUCACAGAGCUGGUGUAACUGAGUCAGGUUUGUAGGCCUCCUUGCUCGCACACUCUUUUUCAGUUCUGCCCACAAAUGUUCUAUAGGGUUGAGGUCAGGGCUUUGAGAUGGCCACUCCAAUACCUUGACUUUAUUGUCCUUGAGCCAUUUUGCCACAACUUUGGAAGUAUGCUUGGGGUCAUUGUCCAUUUGGAAGACCCAAUUGCGACCAAGCUUUAACUUCCUGACUGAUGUCUUGAGAUGUUGCUUCAAUAGAUCAACAUCAUUUCCCCUCAUGAUGCUGCCACCCCUGUGCUUCAUGGUUGGGAUGGUGUUCUUCGGCUUGCAAGCCUCCCCGUUUUACCUCCAAACAUAAUGAUGGUCAUUAUGGCCAAACGGUUCUAUUUUUGUUUCAUCAGACCAGAGGACAUUUCUCCAAAAAGUUUUAUCUUGUCCCCAUGUGCAGUUGCAAACUGUAGUCAGGCUUUUUUAUGUCGGUUUUGGAGCAGUGGCUUCUUCCUUGCUGAGCGGCCUUUCAGGUUAUGUCGAUAUAGGACUCGUUUUACUGUGGAUAUAGAUACCUUUGUGUCUGUUUCCUCCAGCAUCUUCACAAGGUCCUUUGCUGGUGUGCUGGGAUUGAUUUGCACUUUUUGCACCAAAGUACAUUCAUCUCAAGGAGACAGAACGCAUCUCCUUCCUGAGCGGUAUGAUGGCUGCGUGGUCCCAUGAUGUUUAUACUUGCGUACUAUAGUUUGUACAGAUGAACGUGGUACCUUCAGGCGUUUGGGAAUUGCUCCCAAGGAUAAACCAGACUUUGGAGGUCUACAAUUUUUUCCCUGAGGUCUUGGCUGAUGAUUUCCCCAUGAUGUUAAGCAAAGAGGCACUGAGUUUGAAGGUAGGCCUUGAUAUACAUCCACAAGUACACCUCCAAUAGGCUAAUUGACAUCAUUUGAGUCAAUCAGAAGCUUCUAAAGCCAAUUUUCAAAGCUGUUUAAAGGCACAGUUAACUAAGUAUAUGUAAACUUCUGACCCACUGGAGUUGUGAUAAAGUGAAAUAAUCUGUUAACAAUUGUUGGAAAAAUUACUUGUGCGAUGCACAAAGUAGAUGUCCUAACUGACUUGCCUUGCCUAUAGUUUGUUAACAAGAAAUUUGUGGAGUGGUUGAAACACUUAGGUUAGAGUCCUUUUAAACUAAUUUAUAUUAACUUCCGACUUCAACUGUAUUUAAAUGUGUUAUUUACGUUUUUUAUUUUUAAUACAUUUGCAAAUUAAUUUUAAAACUUGUUUUUGCUUUGUCAUGUGUAGAUUGAUAAAAAAAAAUAAGAAGGCUGUUACCUAACAAAAUGUGGAAAAAGUCAAGGGGUCUGAAUAAUUUCCAAAUGCACUGUAGAUCAUAGUGGUCAGAAUAAGGCCUGUCCUUAUUGGCAAGGUAGUAGGCUGACCUGAACAAAGCACAGAUGGCUUUUAGUUAUGACGCAUUCAUACUAUCACAUCUUUUCAUUUGUAUAAACCUAGCUGUUUGUCCCCGACAUUUGCAACAUUGUUAAAAUAUUCAAAUUCGAUCUCCAGCUGUCCCAUAGUAAUGAACGUGUCGGGAUGAGACCGACAGGCAGCUUUUCUCAGCCAGUCGAAAACAUGAAUCAGCAUAAUCUUUAUGGAUAUAUACAAAGGACUAUCAAUAGAAAACAGUUUAAACAAAACUAAGUGCAGCUAGUUUGCAGUCUUUCCAGCUCCCGUUUGAAGGGAUUGUGUUAGCUGUGUUGUUGGCUAGCUCCUCUGAACAGGUGUCCUUUUCUAUGUCAGGUGAAAUUGCACAUUAUUAGCUCAUUGUUAUGGGUGUAUCCAAAUAAGUUACACUAGAAAACAGCUUAAACUAAUGCAAAUGCAGCUACUUUGUUGUUAUUCUGGCUGCACUGUUUGAUGUGACCGUAAGUUAGCCGUUGUUGGCUAGCUAGGAAGGAAGGGAUAAGAACGUUGCCAGCCAGUAUGGCAAUAGAAUAUUUUGAAUGAACGUCCAAAUAUACAGAACAAAAAUACUUAAUGACUGGGUUGCGUCUCUGGCAACCGAACCGAUAGAACAAACGACCAGCUGGCUUCGGUAGCAACCCUAGAUUUGUGUCAGACUAUAUCUUGUGGAAGGAUGAAAUAGUAUGAAUAAAUUAAUCAAAAUAAGUUUUUUAAUGAAAAUAUCUAAAUCAUUAUUUGAAUAUGUUGGUAACCCGUUGUAUAUAAGUGAUAAUGCCCUCGAAGCCAGUGUUUGGAGGAUAUAUUGGUUUACUAACAACACCCAUGCCAAUGUAUCCUCCAAACACCGGCUUCUCGGCAGUGGCGUGCCGUGGGCCUGGUGCCUGGGCCUUCAGUGAGGUCCUACACAGUCCCACCCGAAUUAAUCCACCUCUUAUUACCAUCAUUAUGAUGCCAAGACUCUAGACACUAUACAUUUAGACAGAAACGCAGUAUAACCAGGCGUUGCGUCACCUUGAAAUUGACAUUUUUAUUCAGAGAAUUGCAGGGGAAGAGUACAAUACAGUACAGUUCAACUAAUAGGCAAGAACAUAGUCGAGUGCAACAGAGUUAUAUUAAUAUUCUUCUAUCCAUUUCUGGUCCACAAACUUUGAGCUUUAAGUCCAAAAAAAAAAAGAAUACAGUGUGUUCACUAAACAGCGCAUUGUCGCACCCAAAGCAGUUUCACCGUGAUGAUAAAGACACAUAACUAUUCACUGAAAAUAAAAGAAAACAAAUAAUUUGCAA